AUGAAGGCCUCAAUCCCCUCCUCCAUUCUCCUGUUCGCCUCGGGCGUCCUUGGCGAUGGCCGCUUCUGUUCCUACCCGCUGAUCCGCAACAUCCAGAGCGUCACGCCGGUAUGGACCGCUCCCCAGCUUGUGUCGGGUGUUUUUGUCGGCCCUUCUUCGACCACCGGAUCCCUCUCGGCCGGUUACACAUACACCCAGUCCUGGACCAUCACGGGCGGUGUUAGUGGCAGCGCUGGAAUUCUUGGUAUCGCCAACCUCGGAGUCACAAGCAGCUACGGACAAACGACGGCAAAGGGUACCUCGCUGACCGUCGGUAUCACGUGUCCCGCCAACGUCCGCUGCGGCCUCACGGCUUCGACCUACGUGCUCCAGGUCCAGGGAACCGAGACCAUUUACCGAUGCGGCAGCAGCGACAUGGCCGACCAGAGGUAUCCCUGCUCUGAUUCCGCCCCCAGCCACUGCCCGACCAUGUUUUGGAACACGACCGACGGCGUGACCAAGCCGUUUACUGCCUACCUGCCCCUCGCCAAGAGCAAGUCCAACGUCGACGAGCUGCUCGCCGUCGAGUACAACGCCUGCUCGGCCGGUAUGGACUACGCCGGCAUGCCGCGCUGCCCGGGCUACUGA